CUGAGCUGAGAGGCAGAGCGCGUGGGGCUGAGCUCUGCCCUGGGACUGUCUGGAACAUGGCCCCGCAGGUGUCGGCUCUGGCCCUUCUCCUGGCCCUUCCGCCCCUGCUGUCUGCCCAGAGAGCGACACCGGCCAGGCCCAGCAGCCCCAAGACAUCAGACACGUGCAGGAAGGAGGGAGCCUGGACCACAAAGGUGACGUUUCCCUCUGAGACGACGGUGGUUCGCAUGAAUGACACGGUGCUGGUGACGUGCCCCGAGGAGCCUGAAUCCGGCCCGUUCCCUGCAAAGUGCACAGAGCUGAAGGACCGCAGGGCAGUCUGGGAUAUCAGUGGAGUCAAGUGUCUCAGGAUGUGCAAUGACUGGGUGAGGCAGGUGGAUUUUGACCCUGCACAGAUGGAGUUCGGCGUCGGGGCCGAGGGUCGGGUGACCUGUCGUCAGCAGUUCCAGCAGAACUCGUUCAAUGUGACGUGCAGAGAGAUGGAGUCGGGACGCUUUGAGUGGGAUUUGGGUGCACACAAGUGUGUCAAAAAGUGCCGCAAACCCAGCUGGGCCUCAGCUCUGCAGUUCGAACCGGACAAGACGUAUUAUAGCAGGGAGGAGCCAGUGACCCUGAGCUGCCCGGAGGGGUUCGAACCCUCGCAGCCUGUGAUCAGAUGUACCGGACAGGGGAACCAGAGUGUCUGGAAUCAGACUGCUACCUGCCUGGACACGUGCAGGAAGGAGGGAGCCUGGACCACGAAGGUGACGUUUCCCUCUGAGCAGACAGUGUUUCGGGUGAAUGACACGGUGCUGGUGACGUGCGCCGCGGAGCCCGAAUCUGGCCCGUUCUCUGCAAACUGCACAGAGCUGAAGGACCGCGGGGCAGUCUGGGAUAUCAGUGGAGUCAAGUGUCUCAGGAUGUGCAAUGACUGGGUGAGGCAGGUGGAUUUUGACCCUGCACAGAUGGAGUUCGGCGUCGGGGCCGAGAGUCGGGUGACCUGUCGUCACCAGUUCCAGCAGAACUCGUUCAGUGUGACGUGCAGAGAGACGGAGCCGGGACGCUUCGAGUGGGAUUUGGGUGCACACAAGUGUGUCAGAAAAUGUAAAAUACCCAGAACCUGGGACCCCAAAUUGCAGUUUGCCUCCAAGGGGCCGUUCUACGCCCCGGGUGACUCGGUGACACUGAACUGCCCUGAGGGGUAUCAGCCAUCACCGCCUGUGAUCGAAUGUGUCAGAAAUGGGAGCCAGCCUGUCUGGAGUGAGACACCCACCUGCCAGGGGGUUUGUACGACGGCAGGAAACUGGCCCCCGUCGGUCUCUGCUGCCUCCACACAGACAGAGUUUGCCGUUGGCGAGUGGGUUGAGGUGACCUGUCGCCCAGAGCAGUACGAGGGGCGCCCGGCUUGGAUGCGAUGUACGGAGAUGGCUGGGCGCGUGGAGUGGGACACGAGCCGUGUGAGCUGUGUGGGUGAGUUCUGCACAGACGGGCGGCCGGACGGGCUGGGGGCGGGAUCCAAACCCUGGGACACCGAGAGCCUCCAAGGGGCCCCACGACUUCCUGGGGGCGUCUUUAUGUCUUGCGUGUUCAGCUCGGACUUGCUGAAGGGCGUGAAGUGA